AUGAAUCUCCCGGUGGCAAUUCUUGCACUUCUCAUCUCGGUUUCUCCCAUUUGGUCAUUGAAUAAUGUAGUCGUCCGGCAGCAGGAAGUGGAAAUUGUACUCGGUGGACAGACUGUCGUCAAUUUUCAAAUCAGAAAUCACACUUCUCCAACGCUGAACAAAACUCGAAUCUACCUCUCCCAAUCUCCAUUCAUCACACAUCCCGAAGUUGUUCUCGUUGACAACUGGCAUGCAAAUGUGACAGUUUUGGGAGAUCUUCCGGUGGCCAAUGCGGUUUUAGAAGCUCUAAAUUGUACGACAGAUGGUGAAACUUCAUGUCCCUUGGAUCUUCACGAUGCGUUCGCCAGAAUCACAGUGAUCCGUUCUCGAUUCCUCGCCGUCCUCAUCCAAAUCGUCGGAUGGACUUAUUUCGCCGCUUGGAGUGUCAGCUUCUAUCCCCAAAUGUAUCUAAACUUCAAACGGAAAAGUGUUGUUGGACUGAAUUUCGACUUUCUGGCUCUCAAUCUCGUCGGAUUUGGUGCUUAUGCAAUUUUCAAUUUGUUAAUGUACUAUAACAGUCAUGUAAAAAGUAUCUAUUCUAUGGAGAAUCCACGUUCUCCGCCACCGGUCCUUCUGAAUGACGUGGUUUUUGCUGUGCACGCCUUCGCGGCCUGCUUCGUUACAAUUCUUCAAUGUAUUUUCUACGAACGGGAUCAACAAAGUGUCUCUACCAAAUGCAUAAUACUGAUUAUUCUACUGAUCUCUUUUGGAUUCGUUUCUGUCGUUGCCACGGUGCUCAAUAAGAUUACAAUUCUGGCGUUUGUCACGAGCCUUUCAUAUAUCAAAAUGGCGGUUACGUGUUGUAAAUAUUUCCCGCAGGCCUAUUUCAACUACACCCGUCAGAGCACCGUUGGCUGGUCCAUCGGAAACAUAUUGCUUGAUUUCACCGGUGGCUCACUCGACAUUCUUCAAAUGAUUCUUCAAGCGAUCAACGUCAACGAUUGGUCUGCAUUCUACGCGAAUCCCGUGAAAUUCGGUCUCGGAUUCGUUUCGAUCUUCUUCGAUAUCAUCUUCAUGAUUCAACAUUAUGUGCUUUACCGUGAUGUUGAGGUUCCCCACAACGAGUACCACGGCGUAGACAAUCCAAAUCCUGAUCCUUCUGUUCGUGAUGCUGAAUCCUAUAAUGUUGACAAUGAGUCAAUGGAGUCCACGGAUCCAAUUAUUGUUAAUGACUAG